AUGGCCGGAGUAAGGAGAUCAGCCGCGAUGAAGAACAGAAAUGGCGUCCGAUGUGCAUCUGGUAAUGGACGUCCGAUUCCGGUGAGAGGUCAAGUGAAGAUAGCGAUUGUGUUAGGAUUAGCUCAGUCUGUGGCAUCCUUCUUCUCCUCUAAUGGCCGAUCCCGUGUACAGGAUGAACAUAAAUCCUUCACAAAGUUAAAGCGAGUAACUAUUGAUUUGAAGUGCAAGAACAGACAACCUGGUAAAACACUUACCCCGUUGUCAAUGCUUUUUCUACUACCGUCUAUAGCUGUUGGAGGUGCUGGUAGUAGAACGAUCACAGGAGACGGCGUCUUAUACGAAUUUGGAUUGCAUUACCCAAUCUUCAAGUUCCAACCCAAUUUGGAUCGCAAUAGGCCCAUCUAUUGA